CAUGUGUUCACGUUGUUUCGCUGCUUUCGCAUUCCAUCGUAUUUCAAUGAACAGAUGACCAUAUGACAAGCAAUGAUAUUUGCACGCUUUGUGACGCCGAAAUUAGUACAUUUCACACUGCACUUUAGGAUCACAAUGUCGUCCGCUGUCGUCGCAGCGGAGAAGCUCGCUUACGUUAAUUACGACUCCGAAAGCACCAGGCUACGUUUGUCGUUUAAGUAUGCUUCAGGGGACCUCGCAGAACGGCAGUACACUUUAAAUCGCGAUUCCGCAGAGGAGCUCCGUGUAGUACUCGGUAGGAUAGCGCUCAACAUUACCAACGUUGAAGAGGGAAAAAAGAAACGGAAAAGAAAGAAAGAUGGCUCCUCAAACGACGAUGCUUCGAAAAUCGAUUUGCGACCGGAGUUGUCAGUUUCUUUGGAACACGAUGGUCUGCCCGUGUCCGGAGAUGUGGCGAACAGCGAUGCCUGGAAAGAUGGUUCGGUACUGCAGAUUGGUGAGCAGCGGUACGUGAUCGCAGUAAAUGCACCCACUGUGCGAAGUGUUCGCCUCCCUAAGUACUUCAUGGUGGGCUUUCCAGCUUAUGUGCACAUUGAAUUGGAGAAUUGCAGCUUGUGUGACUGGAAACUGACCUGGUACAUGAGCGUUACAAAGGGGCAAAAGCCACCGAGUCAUGAAGUGCGGAGAGUAAACAGCAUGCUGUUCGUCAACACGCACCAGAGUGCUCCAUUCCUAACGCCAGCUGCAUCGGACAUUGGACGCCAUGUGCUUCUGACACUGACACCUUACGCAGGGCAGGGCAUGCCAGUUGAAGUGGUUUCGACCUCUACUGUUGAGGCAGGCCCUGGUAUAUGUCCGUUUGAAGUGAGGCAGUAUUUCACGCCUUUCUUCACUGCACCAAGAAGGUUCCGAUGCAUUUCUUACAACCUCCUUGCCGAUGUAUAUGCCGACACCAAGUUCACGAGGUCUGAACUGUUUCCAUAUUGUGCAGCAUAUGCCCUUGACUUAAGCUACAGGAAACAGUUGCUUGUGAAAGAGCUACUGGGCUACAAGGGAGACCUGGUGUGCCUUCAGGAAGUUGAUCGUAGAGUUUUUCAACAAGACCUAGAGCCAAUACUUGGAGAUCACGGCUUUAGUGGCUACUACACAGAAAAAUGUAGCCCGAUGGCAGAAGGGGUGGCUUGUUUCUACAGAUCAUCAAAAUUCAGGGCACUUCAUGAGCGCAGUAUUGUAUUGGCAACGGAAAUGACACAGGAGCCAGUGCUGUCAGACAUUUUGGCCAGCAUCAACAAAAACGAGCAACUGAGGGAUCGAAUCUUAAAUCUUCCAACAGCACUCCAGAUUUUACUCUUGGAGCCUCUAGAAAUGCCUGGAAGACUGCUUUUGGUGGCCAACACGCACCUUUACUACCACCCAGAUUCUGACCACAUCAGGCUGCUCCAGGCUUACUGCUGUAUACGACUAGUUGAAUGGUUGCAAGGGAAAUAUACAGAAGAGUACGGCGUUGUGCCUGCUGUCAUCUUUGCUGGAGACUUCAACAGUUGUCCUGCGUAUGGAGUGUAUCAGCUUAUGACUUCUGGAUAUGUACCACCGGAUAGCAGAGACUGGUGUAGCAAUGUUGAAGAGGCUGUGGUGGGCCUGGAGGCAAGGCAGCAGAUUCCCUUGGCAAGUGCAUGUGGCAUUCCUUCCUACACCAACUACACCAAAGGCUUCCAGGGAUGCUUGGACUACAUCUUCUACGACUACAUGCAGUUAGUUCGGGAGCAUGUAGUACCUAUGCCAACUCAUCAGCAGGUGACCCAAGAGGAAGCACUGCCCAGCGCACACUUCCCAUCUGACCAUGUGGCACAGGUUGCCACACUCAGAUGGCUUUGAACUCAAUACUGCGAUAUUCUCUUGAUUCCA